UGUUGAAUUGACGACUAGACAUCUCUAGCUAAACUAGGCAGUCGCUGGCUCAGUUGGUGUGGUAAGACAACUAGCUGAGCUAAACAAGUGAGCUAAGACAGGGCUAAAAACGUCGAGCCCAAGCCGGUCUAACACAACCUGAGCUCAAACAGAUUCACCGCCCUGGAUAACAAAUUGUUUCUGAACACAAAUUUGAACCAAUGACCCUCUCUACACCAGCGUGGAACUGGAUCCCUACGUGAACAGUUGGGAAGGUCGACCCCCCUCACCAAUGUGGAACCCCCUCUUAGCUUGAACCACUGAAGCCCCACAUCCCCCCUCCCUCCACAAGCAUGGAUCUGUCGUUUGUUCUACUCCUGUCCCCCUGGUGUCUCCUCAUCGGGUGCCUGACCCUGACCCAGGGCACCCCGACCCACGUGAUACACACCGACAAGGGACCUGUACGAGGUAGCGUGGAACAUGUUGACAACACCAAGGUGGACAUGUUUCUUGGGAUACCCUACGCCAAGCCUCCGAUAGGCAAGCUGAGGUUCCAGCACCCCGAGCCAGCAGACGAGUGGACUGACGUGUACAACGCCAUCAGACGACCCAACUGCUGCAUGCAGGUGCCAGACACAAAGUUCGGAGACUUCCCCGGGGCCACAGUCUGGAACCCCAACACUGAGAUCAGCGAGGACUGCCUGUACCUGAACGUGUGGACCCCCCACAACAGUCACCAACACUCACAGAAGAAGGCGGUCCUGGUGUGGAUCUAUGGCGGGGCCUUCCUCACAGGCUCGUCCGCCCUGGACAUCUACGACGGGCGGUACCUGGUGGCGGAGACCAAUGUCAUCGUAGUAUCUAUGCAAUUUAGGUUUGGAGCUCUGGGCUACUUUGUGCUGGGCUCCCCUGAGUCUCCUGGCAAUGCUGGCAUGAUGGACCUGAGGAUGGCGUUGGAGUGGGUCAGCACCAACAUCCACCACUUCGGCGGCGACGUCCACAGCGUCACGCUGGCUGGAGAAAGUUCUGGAGCGGUCAGCAUUGGUCUCAUGAUGCUGUCGUCUUUAGCCAGGGGCUAUUUCCAUCGAGCCAUCCUACAAAGUGGAUCCCCACAAGCACCGUGGGGGACCUUCACCCGUGCCGAGGGGCGCCGACGCUCCCUGCUGCUCGCCGAGCGCAUGGGCUGCGAUCCCAAGGCUAAGGAUGCGGAGAUCCUGGACUGUCUGCGUCAACUUCCGGCCAAAGCGUUUCCAGAGAACGAAACGGAAAUCGUCAAGGGCGUGGCCCAGUUUCCGUUUAUUCCAGUCAUAGACGGGACCUUCCUGACCAAAUCCCCAGAGGAGUAUCUCAGGGAGGGGUCCUUCAAGAAGAUCCCGCUACUGCUGGGGAGCAACGCCAACGAGGGCUCGUGGUUGUUGGUGUACGCCGAGUCUAACUACUUCCGGCUGGACAGCAACAGUUUACUGAGCGUGGAGAACUACAGUGACGUCAUGGACCAGCUGUUCAAGUACUACCCACAAUACCCCAAGGAGCUUGACCCGUUCGCUGUGAGCACCAUCAAGUUCCAGUACAGGGACUGGAUCGACCCCAGUAACCAGGAGAUGCUGAGGGGUCAGGUGGAGAGGGCGGUGGGGGACUACCAGUUUACCUGUGGGGUGGCGGACAUUGCCAAGACGGUGGCCAAAGCUGGUCAGGACGUUUACCUGUACAGGUUCAGCCACCGUAUAACAUCCAACCCGUGGCCGGAGUGGAUGGGGGUGCUACAUGGGGACGAAAUCUACUUUGUCUUUGGCGUUCCACUAAACAAAGACAAGAAGUUCACAGAGGACGAGAAAAAACUCAGCAGGAAAAUUAUGACAUUUUGGACCAACUUCGCCAAAACUGGCAACCCUAACAGAAAACCCGGCGAGCUAGACAUCAAAGAGUGGCCCAAGUUCAAACCAACUGAGCAACUCUACCUCAACAUCAGCCUGAACAUGUUCACUAAUACAGGCUCCUGGGGUCAAGGGGUCAGACCCAACCAGUGUGCUUUUUUUGACCAGUACCUACCUAUGCUGGCCAGCAGAGAAUUAGCCAGCUAUAACUCUAGCUGCAGCCAGAGUUCAGCCUCCUACUACUGGAGCGGUUCAUCAACAUUCUGGCCAUCUGAAAUGGCCUUGUUUCUAGCCGUCAUAUGUGGCCUUAUGGCUCUGUAGGUGACGUAUGGCCAUAUGUGGGUGACCCUUCAACAUGACGAGACACACUGUCUUCAGCUGUGUCGUGACACACCUCUGGGAACACUGUGUCGCGACACAUUCCCACAACCUCUACUUGGACUAGGCGAGCAGAUACAUAUUGAGUGGAACGUGAACUCU